CUCUGGUCCUCUCUGAAUUGUUUGGGGCUUUUGAUAACUCGAAGAAUUGCUGUGACACUCGGAAAAAUGGCAGCCUCCGCAAUGCCAGAGAAUACGCUGUCGCAGCCACUUUUGGUUCCACCGUCUGCUCCUUCAGACCUAUGGAAAUCAAUCUACGGCAACUUUAUCCCUCAGUUUGAGCAGCUUCGGCACCGAGGUAUCAUCACGUCGGCACAGCUCAAGACUAUCAAAGGUGCCCAAGGAGCACAGGACCUCCUCGAUGCCAUUUUACAACACCAGGGCGUGACACCCGAGCAGCGCACUUCCUCUGCUCCUCGCGUCGUCGAAAACUCAACGGUUUGGUCGCUAGAAAAGUUCCGCACAUUCGGAACUGCCAUAGACACUUUGGCGCAGGCAAAUUUCAUUAGUUGCCUCUUCUGGGGUGGCUUAAAGGCUGCACUUAUGGUGAUAAACGAUGUUAGAGACUCAAAAUCCGACCUUAUCCAACAGUUCCAUGAAAUUGUUCACAUCGUCAACCUUGUCGGCGAAUACCGAAAACUUCUCGAGGAUAUACAUGGCUUCCGUGACAAGAUAGAACCGCCAAUGAAAGAAUUUUACGAAGGUGUUCUAGUGUGGACGUUGCACUGCUUCAGCUGCUUACCUCGGGCUCGGGGUAGUUUCCCUCGUCAACUGCUAAAUGGUCUGAAAAAAUCUCAACCAUUAGCAAAGAUCGCUGGCGCAAACUUCGCGAGAAUCAGGAUAGCGAAACAUAAAAUUCUUGAUAUUGUCGAGCAAGAAAAGUUUCGUCAAUUCAAAGCAACGUUCGGACCUCUUGCACUUGCUCGAACUGACCAGAACGCGAGCUCUGAUGAAAACGGCCCACGACUAUGGAGUGUAUCAAAUUCUCCACCAUUUCCGCUUUGUAAUAGAUUUCUUGGGAGGAAUGAUGCCAUGUCUGAAUUGUGUCAACUGUUGCACAAGAGCGGACGAGCCGCCAUAUGGGGAUGGACUGGCAUGGGCAAAUCCCAACUCGCUUUCCAGUACCUCUCGACAUCAGCACAAAAGUACCAGCUAAAAUAUUGGAUAGAUUGUUCUUGCUUGGCAUUUCUGGAGAAUUCAGUCAAGAAUAUGAUGGCGCGGAUGAGCUUUCACGCACGAGGAGAGAAUCCUGAUUUGGCAGUUGAAAUUCUCUGCGAUGCCCUCGAGCAAACAGAACAUCCCUGGCUCCUCGUUUUAGACGACUGCUGCACAGCCACAAUCGCAAGAGUGUGGAAGCUCCUUCCAUCAAGAAACGGCCACGUCAUAUUUACGACCAAGGACCUUCAGGUUGCUCAACAACUUGUUCUUCACGUUCCUGAGAGGUGUAUUAGACCGGGUCCUAUCUCUCAUUCUGAUAGUCUUCAGCUCCUACUCGGCUCGUUGAGUCAAGACGCUGAAGCCAAUCCUGAGGAAAUCCAAGCAGCGGAGAAGAUCAAUUCCGUUUAUACUCUGGGGUGGCCUUACGCAAUCUCCAUUAUUGCGUCCCAUGCUAAACACCAUGUUGGCUCAAAUCGCUUGUCAAUCCUUCUACGCCUGCUUGAGUCAUCAGAAUACCGAGACACGGUGCUGACAAACGAACUGACUGAAGUUUCCGUCCGGAAAACGCUUGAAGCAUCUCUUUUGGAUCUUCCACUCCCCGUUCGAGCUCUCCUUUCAGUCCUUGCAUGCCUCGAUGCCGUCUCAUUUCCUAAAAGGCUACUUCUCCCACUGGUGCCUCUAGGCAGUCGUUUAAUUCCUAUUCCCCUCGCCGAUGGCAAUUCUCAUGCAGUUCAAUUGAGUUCAUUUUCGGAUCAACUCGAACUUGAGCUUCAUAUUGCAGAGCUAUCGAGACGUGGGUUUAUUUUCCAAAAGACAGGUGCUGACGGAGAGACCAAUUAUUGGAUGCAUCGACUCCUGAUCUCCACCGUUCAGUCAACUCAGCUGAACAUUGAUCAAGGCAUGGAAGCUCUUAAAACUGCUCUAGACAUUUGCGAAACUUUUUUCCCAAACGACGAGGGCAGUCCAGAAACAUGGAGGAAUGCUGCAGAUUCGUUUCAACAAUUUGAUGCCUGUAUAUCAUUUGCGGCAAAACAUCGACUUCAUGAAGAGGCCGCAAAGACAACCAUACUAAAACGAGGAUAUCUGUUAUAUCACUGGAAAGGAGAUCACCGGUCCGCUGAAGAAAUUAUCGUCUCUCUUCUCCGAGGACCCCGUAUACCACUACACCAGCGGUCAAAUACAGAUUUAGAGCUUCUGGCUCUACUGAGCCUUGUUAGAUCGUACAUAGGAAUGACAAAUAUCCAGCAACUCCGUGCGCACCACCGGCUGUACAAACCGAUUCUCUCCGAAUGUUUGAAACGAUUCAAGCCUCCAAAUGAUAUCAUCAUUAGCCUGAUGACCAGAAUUGGAAAUAACGCGAUGAGACACGACUGCAACGAGAGCCUGGUGCUGUUAGGUCGGGCCUACCGGCACAGAUUGUCAAUUUCUCCAUUCGGGAGAAAUCACCCAAGGAUAUUUUGACAAGGCACUAAAAAUGCUUUCCAAACUUGAAGCUCGCCUUCGCAAUACCGAC